AUGAUGUUUGAUCCUCCUGAUUAUCCCUACAAAGAACUUUCUGAAACACUGAGCGAGACAGACGAUUUGCUUUUCAACGCCGUUCAUGGCGAUACCAACAGAGUAGACCCUUCGUCUCUAAUUAAUAAUGAACUAGUGACUGUUACAGAGCAAAUGAUCACAAAUGUAGAGAACGAAUUAACUUAUCAGUCUAAUGACUCAGGUCGAUAUUUCAAUGUAGAAAGCUCUUCUUACACAAAUACUACAGACAAUCCAAGUAUUGAUGAAAACGGUCAGCUUUCUUUUAUAAAUACGGAUAAUUUGUUCAACAACUAUGAGCCAACCUUAUUAGACGACAAUACAGUAAAUCAAUUUUUAUUGCCCUUGCCUAGUUCUUCAAACAAUAACAAGGAGUCCGAAGUAGAUGGUCCCGAUAUUCUAGCUCUACACUCAUGUGUAGUGUGUCAUGAAAUUUUCACUUCUGACGCCGAUCUCUUAGACCACACAAUUUUGAUGCAUGCCUCAGUUGAUCUUUAUGAAAGCCAAGAUAAUGUUUCUUGUUUACCAAAUAAAAAUAUCAAUGAACCUGUAUCAAUGGCAGAAAAUAACAACAUCGAUUUUGAGUCCGAUUGGCUUAUCUGCUGUAUUUGUGAGCGAGUUCUAUCAACAGCCCUUGAAGUUGAACCAUCUGAACAGCUAUGUUGUAGUGAUAGCAAUGGUAAGGGGAGUGUUGCUUCGCGAAAACUGCAUACUAUGUAUGUGUGCGAUGGCUGUAACGGCUUAUUUGCUGAUGGAGAGGCUUUGGAUAGGCACAAACUAACAUGCUUGAUAACUGAAACCCAAGAGUACUACGUAGACUCGUUGGGACAAUGCCAAAUUGAUGAAGCUCCACGAGGUCCCGAAGUCUGUUUUUCAUGUGAAACUUGUGGAACUCAAGUCUCAUCAGCAGACCAAUUGAAAAUCCACUUAAUUCAAUGCCAAAGACGAGGCCCUACAAGGUCUGGAAGACGUGGAUGCUCUAAUAAUACAAACAGCAACAAGAUGUGGAAUUGUGGCUCUUGUAACCAGCUCUUUGCGACUGCUAGAGAGCUGUAUAAGCAUAAGCGAGGUGAAGACCGUCCACCUGGAGCUCCCGUCACGUCGUACGCUUGUGAAGAGUGCGACAAGAUUCUCGGGAGCAUGUGUGCUCUUCACACACAUAAGAAGAUGCAUAAAGUUUCAAAACCGGGCUACCCAUGCCGCAUCUGUGGUCGUCGCUUCAAUCAAUCUGGUCACCUGGCUAUCCACAUGAGGAUGCAUACAGGGGAACGCCCGUACCCCUGUGAUCUCUGCCCUAAGGCAUUCAAGGUCAAGGUGGAGCGCGACGAUCAUCGUCGAACGCACACUGGGGAGCGGCCCUUCGCGUGCUCAGCCUGCCCGAAGACGUUCACCGCCGCCGCACGCUUGCGUGAGCACGCGCGUAUUCACACCGAUCAAAGACCCUACCGGUGCGACAUUUGUGGAGCCGCUUUUAGGCGGCCUUAUGCGCGGACGGUACACACGCUCAUCCACACGGGUGAGAAGCCUCACGAGUGCGACGUCUGUGGUACUGCCUUCAGGCGAUCAGGCGACAUGUGGAAGCACAAAAGGACUCUACACGGGAUACAGGCAGGAGCCAUGGACAGUGAAAUAAGAAACGAGUAAGUUUCAGCCCCAAAGACUAGACAUUAGGUUAAAUAAGUUGAAGUGAGAGAAAAUCUACCAAAGUUAAGUACUUGUGGCUGUGAGAAACUACCUCAGAGAAGUGUGCCUUAUAGAGAAAUAUGUGAAAAUAUCGUCCUUGAUAACUUGGGUUCUAAAGCAGUCAAGAGAAAAGUCACAUUAUAAACUAGAUGAAUUGUGUUUUGUUUCAGAGUUUAUU